AUGGCUAACUCUCCAGACCUGGGCCUGCUCGCCGCCAGCCUGCUUCGGCUUAUCAUAGUGACGAAGUUCAUCCGCAUUGGCAUCGCUGACAAGAAUGAUAACCCUCCAUACUUCGACAAGGAGCUGUACGAAGCAGAAGUGGACGAGAAUGAAGACAUUCAACACACUGUACUCACCGUCACCGCCAAAGAUCACGAUGAAUCGUCGCGUAUUCGAUACGAGAUCACGAGCGGGAACAUAGGGGGCGCGUUCGCUGUCAAAAACAUGACAGGCGCCAUCUACGUAGCCGGCGCGCUGGACUAUGAAACUAGGAAACGGUACGAGUUGAAACUGGCGGCAUCGGACAAUCUGAAAGAGAAUUAUACUACGGUGGUGAUACAUGUGAAAGAUGUCAACGAUAACCCUCCAGUAUUCGAAAGGCCAACUUACCGCACGCAAAUCACCGAAGAAGUCGACCGAAAUCUUCCAAAACGUGUCCUACAGGUUACUGCGACGGACGGCGAUAAAGAUCGGCAGCAAAACAUCGUAUACUUUUUAACUGGACAGGGAAUUGAUGCAGAUAAUCCUGCAAAUAGCAAAUUUGAUAUAAAUCGUACAACGGGCGAAAUAUUUGUUCUUCGGCCUUUGGAUCGUGAUCAACCUAACGGAAGACCACAAUGGAGGUUUACAGUAUUCGCUCAAGACGAAGGUGGUGAAGGCCUAGUAGGUUACGCAGAUGUUCAAGUGAAUCUUAAGGAUAUUAAUGAUAACGCACCUAUCUUCCCACAAGGAGUUUACUUUGGCAAUGUUACUGAAAACGGUACUGCAGGCAUGGUUGUUAUGACAAUGACUGCAUUAGAUUACGAUGACCCUGCCGAAAGUAACAACGCAAAGUUAUGGUAUUCUAUUGAAAAGAACGUCAUCGAAGAAGAAACCGGCUCACCUAUAUUUGAAAUUGAGCCAGAAACUGGUGUAAUAAAAACGGCAGUAUGUUGUUUAGAUCGUGAACGAACUCCUGAUUAUUCUAUACAAAUAGUCGCAUCAGAUGGCGGGGGGCUUAAAGGAACUGGUACAGCAUCAAUACGUGUUAAAGAUAUCAAUGAUAUGCCUCCACAAUUUACUAAAGAUGAAUGGUUUACUGAAGUUGAUGAAACUGAUGGCACUAACUUACCAGAAAUGCCUAUUCUGACCGUUACAGUACAUGACGAGGAUGAAACAAAUAAAUUUCAAUAUAAAGUUAUUGAAAACAGUGGUUAUGGAGCUGAUAAAUUUACAAUGGUUAGAAAUAAUGACGGUACUGGUUCGUUAAAAAUAGUUCAACCAUUGGAUUAUGAAGAUCAGUUGCAAAGUAACGGUUUUAGAUUUAGAAUACAAGUGAAUGAUAAAGGAGAAGAUAAUGACAAUGACAAAUAUCAUGUAGCUUAUUCAUGGGUUGUGGUAAAACUAAGAGAUAUAAAUGACAAUAAACCUCAAUUUGAACGGGCUAACAUAGAAGUAUCUGUAUAUGAAAAUGCAGAAGUUGGCAAGAGUCUUGAAACAUUCAAGGCGACCGAUCCAGACCAAGGUGGAAAGAGUAAGGUUUCUUAUGCCAUCGAUAGAUCUUCUGAUAGAAAGCGACAGUUCUCUAUUAAUCAAGAAGGUACUGUUAGUAUACAAAGAACAUUGGACAGAGAAGACACGCCAAGACAUCAAGUCAAAAUAUUAGCUAUCGAUGACGGUGUCCCACCAAGAACAGCGACCGCAACGUUGACUGUAAUAGUUCAAGAUAUAAACGAUAAUGCACCCACCUUCUUGAAGGACUACAGACCAGUAUUGACGGAACACAUAACACCGAAAAAAGUAGCUGAAAUCUUAGCUACUGAUGAUGACGAUAGAUCUAAAAGCAAUGGACCUCCAUUCCAAUUCCGCCUGGACCCCGGUGCGGAUGAUAUUAUUAGAGCAUCAUUUAAAGUAGAGCAAGAUCAAAAAGGUGCGAAUGGAGACGGAAUGGCUAUAGUUUCCUCUUUGAGAUCUUUUGAUAGAGAACAGCAAAAAGAAUACCUUAUUCCAAUUAUUAUUAAAGACCACGGUAAUCCAGCUAUGACUGGUACAAGUACACUAACUGUGGUUAUAGGAGAUGUUAAUGACAAUAAAAUGCAACCUGGUUCUAAGGAAAUUCUUGUGUAUAAUUACCAAGGCCAAGCACCAGACACUGAAAUUGGACGAGUAUACGUGUAUGAUCUAGAUGAUUGGGAUUUGCCGGACAAAAAGUUCUAUUGGGAAAGUUCAGAACAUCCAAACUUUACUUUAAAUGAAGAAACAGGGAUGAUUCAAAUGAAACAUAAGACAAGGGAAGGUAGAUAUCAUUUGAAAUUUAAAGUUUACGAUAGAAAACAUACUCAAACGGAUGUUCCAGCCAAUGUCACGGUGUACGUCAAAGAAAUAACACACGAAGCAAUUAUAAAUUCAGGUUCCAUACGGAUAUCUGGUAUUUCCGAUGAAGAUUUUAUCCGUGUUUGGAAUUACAAAACACUUAGUGUAUCUAGAAGUAAACUAGAUAUUUUUAAAGAUAAAUUAGCCGACCUGCUUAACACUGAAAGGGAAAACAUCGAUAUAUUCAGUGUUCAACUAAGAAAGAAACACCCACCUGUAACAGAUAUACGAUUUUCGGCGCAUGGAGCUCAUUUCUAUAAACCAAUUCGUCUAAACGGUAUUGUACUCAUGCAUCGAGAAGAUAUUGAAAAAUCGGUAGGGAUCAAUAUAACCAUGGUCGGUAUAGAUGAGUGUAUUUAUGAAAACCAAAUGUGUGAAGGAUCAUGCACUAAUGUACUUGAUAUAAGUAACCUACCCUAUAUGGUGAAUGCAAACAAAACUGCUCUUGUUGGUGUUCGAGUCGAUGUGAUUGCUGAAUGUACUUGUGGAGCUAGAAACUUUACUCAAGCUGAAACAUGUCGUAAUUCCCCGUGUUAUAACGGAGGUCGAUGUAUAGAGGGAAAAUACGGCUUGACAUGCUCAUGCCCACCCGGAUAUACAGGUCCAAGAUGUCAACAAACAUCUAGAAGCUUUAGGGGUACCGGCUGGGCAUGGUACCCCGCUUUGGAAAUGUGUGAUAAUUCGCAUCUGAGUUUCGAGUUCAUAACAAGAAAAUCCGAGGGAGUAUUACUUUACAAUGGACCCAUAGUACCACCCGAACCUGAAGAAAUAAUGGUGUCAGAUUUCAUAUCUGUAGAACUAGAUAGAGGUAAUCCACGACUGCUUAUAGAUUUUGGAUCUGGCACUUUAGAACUAAGAGUGAAAACUAAAAAGUCUUUGGACGACGGUGAAUGGCAUCGAAUUGAUAUUUUUUGGGACACAGAAAACGUUAGAAUGGUAGUAGAUUUCUGCAAAUCAGCUGAUAUACAGGAAAUGGAAGACGGAACACCUCCCGAAUUCGAUGAUUCGUCUUGUCAAGCGUCGGGAACUAUCCCACCGUUCAAUGAGUACUUAAAUGUGAAUGCACCACUACAAAUUGGCGGUUUGUAUAUCGACCAUUUCGACCCUACGCACUACCAUUGGCAGUUUAUGCCAAUAGGAAAAGGUUUUGAUGGAUGUAUUCGUAACUUAAUCCAUAAUAGUAAACUGUAUGAUUUAGCUCAUCCUGGAUUAUCAAGAAAUUCUGUAGCCGGAUGCCCACAAACAGAAGAAAUCUGUAAUCAAGCAGAUACAACGUCUAGAUGUUGGGAACAUGGUAACUGCGUGGGUAGUUUUUCUGAAGCUCGUUGUCAAUGCCAACCAGGUUGGACUGGUCCCGCUUGUAACUUGCCUACCACUCCGACUAGUUUUCGUCCACAAAGUUACGUGAAGUUUGCACUGAGUUUUGAACCGGACAGAUUUAGUACACAAAUACAGCUACGCUUUAGAACACGAGAGCCGCAUGGAGAGCUCUUCAGAGUAAGCGACCAGCACAAUAGAGAAUAUGGUAUUCUGGAGGUCAAGGAUGCUCGAUUACAUUUCCGUUACAAUCUCAACUCCUUACGGACAGAAGAACGCGAUGUAUGGCUGAACUCAGUAGCUGUUGAUGAUGGGCAAUGGCAUAUAGCUCGUGUGAGUAGAUAUGGCAGCGCCGCUACCCUUGAAAUAGACGGUGGCGAGGGGCGGAGGUACAACGAAUCAUUUAGAUUUGAAGGCCAUCAGUGGCUGUUAGUUGAUAAACAAGAGGGAGUCUACGCUGGUGGCAAAGCUGAAUAUACUGGCGUUCGGACAUUUGAAGUGUAUGCAGACUUCCAGAAAGGCUGUCUCGAUGAUAUUAGGCUGGAAGGCAAACAUUUGCCAUUACCGCCCGCCAUGAACGGUACACAAUGGGGUCAAGCCACUAUGGCUAGAAAUCUUGACCGUAACUGUCCAUCAAAUAGUCCUUGCAUCAAUGUUCACUGCACGGAGCCCUUCGUAUGCGUCGAUCUAUGGAAUGAAUACGAAUGCACUUGCGGUGAGGGUUUGGUAUUGUCGCCGGACGGCAAGGGUUGCGUAGACAAGAACGAGUGCCUCUACUUCCCGUGCCGCAAUGGCGGCUCGUGCGUCAACCGCGAACCUGGCUAUCGCUGCCACUGUCCCGAAGGUUUCUGGGGCGAAAACUGCGAGCUCGUGCAAGAGGGGCGAACGCUCAAGCUGAGCAUGGGUGCCUUGGCAGCCAUCCUCGUCUGCCUCCUUAUCAUAAUGAUAUUGGUGUUAGUGUUCGUGGUGUACAACCGUCGUCGCGAGGCGCAUAUCAAGUACCCAGGGCCGGACGACGACGUGCGCGAGAACAUCAUUAAUUACGACGACGAAGGCGGCGGCGAGGAUGACAUGACAGCAUUUGACAUCACUCCCCUACAGAUACCGAUCGGCGGACCUCUCCCUGACCAUGCACCAGCUAAACUACCUUACCCGCUGAUGGGAGUUGGUAUCGGCGUGGGUCCGAUGGGCGUGGCUAUUGGUGUGCCGCCAGUAUUGCCGCUGCCUGGCGAGACCAAUGUGGGCAUGUUUAUCGAGGAACACAAACGGCGGGCCGACAGCGACCCCAACGCACCACCCUUUGACGACCUUCGCAACUACGCUUAUGAAGGUGGCGGCAGCACGGCUGGCUCUCUGUCGUCUUUAGCUUCCGGUACUGACGACGACACACAUGAAUACGAUUACUUGGGCGCCUGGGGACCGCGAUUUGACAAAUUGGCCGACCUCUACGGACCCGAUAUGGACGAGCAGCUCUAAGCGACAUAGUGCAACCUCGCCCACAACACGGCGUUUUAGUCAAUUGUCUCCCAUUAAACUAUCCUGUAAGCCGAUAUUAGCCGCUAUAAAAUACGCCCUUUAACUUGUGUUAUUUUAAGAUUUCGUUUGAUAUUAAUCACGUCAGAUGUCGCCGUGGCAAGCUAUUCUCAUCGUGUACUUUAUUUAUAAACACUAAAUUUAAGCUACUUAUUCUUAUACUAAUUUAUUUUAAAUGCGACGUUUUUUUAUAAAUUAAAACGUACUCACCAAAUAUUCGAUAUAAGUUUUUUAUUAUACUUAGCCAUAUUAUGAGUCAGUAUUUUAUUGGAAGUUGUCGAGAAGGGGCAUUUCUACUGGAGGGCCUGACGUGAACCUGAAUGUGGGUGUUUGUAGAUAGUGUGCUAUAAAUGUGAAUAAUUUAUACGAGUAUUUUGUAAGUUCACAGCUUUACGUGAUAUCACUGUAAUGGAUGGCCCUUCCGUAUUAAGUCGACGAUCGAUUGGAGUAUAGAAAGAACAUGUUAUAUUUUAUAUUAUUAAAUAAAAAAUAAUUAGAUUAAUUGGUCCGUACGGCCGGCCGAUCUGUAGCUCUCAGUGGAACCUUGGAUUAUUUAGGGAAUGUAUAUACGAUUUAUUGAAAACAUUCACCCCUUACAUAGCUAAAUGUAAAACGUAACAUUCAAUUUGAAAUUUCAGUGUAAAAACUGUACAGUAACUGGUGUUCCUCUCCAAAUAUCUCUGUGUAGUGUUAGAUAAUAUUUAGAGAAACGGACAAGAUUACCUACGAUGUACUUCUUGUAUUAAUCAUUGAUCGUGAAGGAUUCUGUGUUGGCAUAACGACUACCUUAAAGCUGAAUGAUAGCGUGCAAGUGAAAAGCAGCGGAACGAAUGACAAACAAGAGCGAAUGAGUGAACGAGCUGGAAUACUUUGGGGAUUGUGUGCGUGCGGUCGCUGGGAAGGGUGGAGCGACGCUGCGAUAUGAAUGGGACUGUGCCAAUUUUAGCGUUAUCAAUGCAGCUGACGACGGUAGGUUUAAGUGUUUGCACUUUAUUUAUUCGUAUAUUUACAUAAAUAUAAAUUUAGUCGCACCUAGAAAAAUAUCAAUAACUUACUAAGAGUGUUGUGCUAGAUUAUUCCAUCGAUUUUGACGUGAGAUAGUUGUUGAAACCAUUAGCAAGUCACUAAUUUAAACCCUUAUUUUUAAGAAUUUAUAGUAAAAAAAAAUUAAAUAAAUUAAUUAAAGGUUUAUAAUGGAACUGUCUCACUUCGACAUCGAAUUAGGAUCUGUGUAAAUUUUAGAAUAUAUUAUACUUAAUUGUGUUAAAAUGACUGAUUUUUUAUUAUGCGUUUGAAAGCCUAAGAUUUUUGUAGAUUCGGUUGUUUAUUAACUUGAAUACCUUACUGUAAGAACACCCACUAGUUUGCACUCAAAACAAAUACUCGGGUUAUCAAUAAUGAAGCAAUUCUCGUUAAUUACUAUUCGUGUAAGUAGACAUAUUAGUUAGGCCCAAAUCGACGUGACGUAUAGUUUUUAAUUUUUUUUACCAUUUUUUAUUUUAUAUUCAUUAUCAUUACACUGCCAGUAAUCAUACAUAUUAUAGACGAAUUAUAAUAGAGUUUGUCCGAUUUUAUAUUUCAGUCUUAUACAAUGGUAUUUUAUAAGUUUUUGAACUGUUUAUAAAAUGUAUACUUUUCCAAUUCAAUGUUCUCUACGUCACUGCGUAAUGAAACGAAACAUUUUAAUUUCCCUGUAGGCUCUGAUGUCUUAGGGUGCGCUUUCAUUAACCAAAAAUUUAUAAUUUACAUUUUUUAUAACACCGUAAAAACAAACUUA